AUGUUCACCGGCAUCGUCGAAGAGAUCGGCACCGUCACGGAGCUCAACCCCUCCGACGCCACAGGCGGCACCUCCCUGACCAUCACCCUCCCACCCACCUCAACCCUCCUAUCGGACUGCCACCUCGGCGACUCCAUCGCCAUCAACGGCGUCUGCCUAACCGUCACCACCUUCACCCCCACCGCCCCAGCCCCCAGUUUCACAGUCGGCAUCGCCCCCGAAACCCUCCGCCUCACCAACCUCGGCACGCUCACCCCCACCUCGCGCGUCAACCUGGAACGCGCCGUGCGCGCCGACACGCGCAUGGGCGGGCACUUCGUGCAGGGCCACGUGGACUGCACCGCCACCAUCCUGUCGCGGGAACCGGACGGCAAUGCGGUGACGCUGCGGCUGGCGCCGGGGCGGCGGGAGGCGCUGCGGUACGUGGUGCACAAGGGCUUCGUGGCGGUGGACGGGGCGAGCCUGACGGUGACGCGCGUGGAUGAUGACGAGGGUUGGUGGGAGGUGAUGCUGAUCGCGUACACCCAGGAGCGGGUGGUGACGGCGGCGAAGGCGGUGGGGGAGACGGUGAACCUGGAGGUGGAUAUGACGGCCAAGUAUGUGGAGAAGAGUUUGAAGGGGUAUUUGGAGGGGUUGGGGGAGGGGAGUGGCGGGUUGUUGAAGAAGGUGCUGGAGGGGGCUGGGAAGGGGGGUGCUGCUUAG